GAUUGAUACAUUUUUACUACUAUUUUUUACAUCCUCUUCAACUUUUGAGCUUUAUAAAUUCUGCCAAUUUCUCUCCAUCUAACUCAUUCAUUCCUAUUCGAUUUAAACAAUAAGCAUACUUGGUGGACAUCAUCAUCUUCAACGGACAACAACAACAAUCAUGGCAUUGUGGCAUUUUUCCUUGCUCUUCCUUUUCUCCUGUUCGUUAGGUGUACAAUCAGCUCGUUUCACCUUGCAAAACAACUGCCAAAACACCAUAUGGGCAGGAACCUUAUCCGGGUCCGGGAAACCAUUCCUAAUGAAUGGCGGAUUAGAGUUGAAUUCUAAUGAAGGCGUCCCGGUCGAUGCACCGGCUGCAUGGUCUGGCCGGUUUUGGGGCCGCACCAAAUGUACCUUUGAUGCAUCAGGCAAGGGAAGUUGUGCCACCGGAGACUGUGGUGGUGUCUUACAAUGUAAUGGUGCAGGUGGUGCGCCGCCUGUCUCCCUGGCAGAAUUCACUCUCGACAGCCCGGUAGAUUUCUACGAUGUUAGCUUAGUGGAUGGAUAUAACCUUCCAAUCUCAAUAACCCCUUCUGUAAACAACUGUAUAGAGGUUAAAUGUACCUCGGGUCUGAAUCAAAUCUGCCCAAAAGAGCUGCAACUCGAAUCAAACGGCGUGGUGAUCGGAUGCAAGAGUGCAUGCCUAGCAUUCAACAAGCCGGAAUAUUGUUGUUCUGGAGAGUACAACAAUCCAAACAUAUGCAAGCCAACUAAUUAUUCUCAAGUGUUCAAAACUGCUUGUCCAAAAGCUUAUAGCUACCCUUAUGAUGAUGCAACGAGCACUUUUACAUGCAAAGGAGCUGAUUAUACCAUUACUUUUUGCUGAGCUAAAAAUGUGGUCUAGAAGAGCACCCUUUAGCUUAGGGAAACAUGUAUAAAAGUAGUAAGGAGGGAAAAAUGUACGUAUUGAUGUAUGUGAAUGUAUUAAUGUAUGCCUGAAUUUAAUUUUUUUUUUUUUUUGGGUUAAUGUAUGCCUGAAAUUCAUUAUUGAGAUCAUACACACCCCACUGAUACGUAAAAGUUGAGUUACUUUGUCUUUAUAUCGAGAGAUAUUUUCUCAUUAUUUACAGAAACUUAACCAUGAUUUUUGUGUGGAUGAUUUGUAAAACAAGUCCAAUGGUUACGAUACCAUAAUUGGAUUACAAAAAUAAAAAUAAAAAUGUUUCUUUUGUUUUUGUUUUUUUUUUUUUUU